AUGCGAUUUAAGAAUUGGGGAACACUAAGGAAUGGUGCGUAUACUGGAGUUACUCAUCUCAUAUGUGCAAACUACUGGAUAACAUCUAUGUCGCUUAUCUACAAUGUUGUGCAAUUGAGGGAGACAUACUUGGAGGACCAAAUUGAAUCUAUCAGACACGAGAUUAAAUUCAAGGACUCGAAGGAUGGAGAAUGUGUUGUCAAGAUCGUCAUUGAGUAUCAUGUCAAGGGUAAUGUUGUACUAAAAGAUGAGGAUAUUAAAGCAAGCAAAGAACGAUCUUUUGGACUCUACAAGUCUUAUGUAGAUUACCUAAAUGCCAAUGUCGUGUUUGAGCCUAAAUGUUUUCCAGUUAUGUCUUAA